GACAUGCGCAAAGGAUAAAACGCCGUCGAAGCGGAUAUUUGCGAGCAGUGACGCCAUCGUCAACCAUUUUGGAGCGAUUGUUGUUCGAGAGUAGUUGUGCUGUGCGCUUUACGUAGUUUAUUAAUAUAUUUUAAAUUGGACAAAAUGGGUGAUGCAAACGGAGAUUCAAACCAAGCCGGCGAUUCCGGAGCCCCGUCCGGCCCGCCAUCCAGAGGCGGUGGCUUCAGAGGCAGGGGCAUCGGCCGCGGCGGUCCGAGAGGAGGACGUGGCGGCGGAUUCAGAGGCCGCGGAGGACCGGGAGGGCCGAUGGGCCGUGGCGGGCCACCGAUGAGAGGCGGUCGCGGAGGACCCAGGGGAGCGCCGAGGGGCCGUUUCCCUCCAGGCGGAGGACCCGGUGGGCCACCAAGUGGCGGUCCAGUAGGCGACGCACCCGGCCCCAGGGGCCCGAGGCCAUUGGGCAGGGGCGGUCCGGGCGGCUUCAGGGGCGGUCGCGGUGGUCCAGGCGGACCUAAGGGACCGGGCGGUCCAGGCGGUUUCGGCGGACGGGGUGGUCCGCGAGGCGGCGCCGGUGGCAGACCAUUCGGACGCGGAGGCGGCGGUCGCGGCUUCCAAGGCGGUCCAGGUCAAAAGAGGGGUCCCGGACAGUUCGGCGGUCAGGGUGGCCAAGGUGGACCGAAGAGGCCGCGGUUCGAGAACGGACAGUCCCAGAACGGAUUCGGACAGGGUGGAAACUACGGAUCUUCCAGUGGAGGCCCAGGAUUCGGUCAACAAUCCUCAUACCCCUCACAGAACUACGGCGCCAGCCAGGGCGGUCAAUCGUACGGUGGCCAAGGCGGCUACGGCGGUGGACAAGGUGGAUACGGAGGUGGCCAAGGAGGCCAGGGUGGUGGAUACGACAGCGGCAGCUAUUCUCAGUCAUACCCACAAGGUUCUUAUGGUAACCAGGACUAUUCUUCCGGUGGAUACGGAGCUUCCCAAUCAGAUAACUACGGUGGUGGUUAUAGCAGCGGACAAGGUUACAGUAGCCAACAGGGUUAUGAUGACAGGAACUACUCAUCUCAAUCAGGCUAUAGUUGAUGUCAUCUUCAGGAAAAAGAGGAUUUCAACUUAACAGGGAGUUACUAUUUUUUACUAUGAUUUUUUUGAGAAAGUUGCAAAAGCUCAGAGUAUAAUAACGAAAAUACUAAAUUAUAUAACGAAGUUCCUUUUCAUAGAACAGAUAAUUAUGCUAUGUGCAUACUCUGCAUAACAUAAUUUUACUGGGCGUCGGAUUUCAAUUCAAAUAUCUGAGUAUGAAUUCAAGUUCUAUAGAACUGAAUAAUUGAAAUAGUUGUAUUCGGAAAAUAUUUUUAAAUUGAAUUGUUUUAGUAAACUAUUAAACAAAAUAAUUUAAUGUUCAAAAUUCUUUAAAUGCUUAAAAUAUUCAUUUGCAAUAUUGAUUGAAUAUAUAUUUGGAGUUAAUUUAUAAUUAGAACAUAAUUAAAUAUAAUAAGAAAAUUAAAUAUAAUAUAUAUUAAUAUUUUUUUUUAAAUAUAAUAAAUUUAAUAAAUAUGCGAAAAGUUCUUUUAAUAACGAAUUUUGGUUUUCAUUAAGCAACAAUGCAUAAUUAAUAAUAAAAAUAUUCAUAUAAUUAAUUAAAAACAGUAUACACAUAAAUAUUUGGAAUUAAUUUAUAAUGUUAUUACAAACGAGUUAAUCAUAGGAGGACAUUUUGAAUAUUUGAAUAUAUUUUUCAAUAUAGAAAUUCCAAGCCCUAAUUGUUUAAUUAUGACCAGAACCAUAUAUAAUUUAGUAUCUAAAUUUAUAAUUAAUCAAUAAUUUAUUUUUGCCUGCAAAUUGUGGGUGACAAAUAGUUUUAUUUCAGGUUCAUCUGUAUUAAAAAAUAAACGAAUCAAUUUUGAAA